GCUGUGUGUUGCUCUUCUUCCUGGUUAGAGACUUGCCUCCGAGCUGCCGAUGUCGCCUGACAACCUACGAGACCAAAAAAAGUAAAGGAAUUCCAAACUGCUGAAGAAUGCCAGUAAACUCCACAGCUGAGGAUUAAAGCGCUCCAGGGUGUUGGCCUCGCUGUCUCCUUUUUCGCAAAUGGCUUGCUGCCUGAAGGACGAGCUCCUCUGUUCCAUCUGCCUCAGCAUCUACCAAGACCCCGUCAGCUUCGGCUGCGAACACUAUUUCUGCCGCAAGUGCAUCACCGAGCACUGGAGCAGGCAGGAGCCUCACGGAGCGCGGGACUGCCCCGAGUGCCGCCGCACCUUCGCCGACCCGCUGUUGUCGCCCAGCCUCAAGCUGUCCAACAUUGUGGAGCGCUACUCGGCCUUCCCCCUGGACGCCAUCCUCAACGCUCAGAGGAGCCCGUACCCCUGCAAGGACCACGAGAAGGUCAAGCUCUUCUGCCUCACCGACAAAAGCCUGGUGUGCUUCUUCUGCGACGAGCCGGCGCUUCACGAGCAGCACCAGGUCACCACUAUUGACGAGGCCUACGAGGAGAUCCAAAGGGAGAUGAAGGAGCAGCUGGCCACCCUGCAGGACAGCGAGAAGGGUCACACCGAAGCCCUGCAGCUCUUGCAAAGACAACUCACUGAGACCAAGUCCUCAGCCAAAGGUCUCCGCGCCACCAUCGGUGACGCCUUCGAGCGCCUCCACCGCUUUCUGCGCGAGCGUCAGAAGAGCAUGUUGGAGGAGCUGGAGAUGGACACAGCCCGCAAGCUCACCGACAUCGAGCACAAGAUCCAGCGCUACAGCCAGCAGCUACGCGACGUCAAGGAGGGCAUCCAGAUCCUGCAGGAGCGCCUCGAUGAGACGGGGCGGCACGACUUUCUGGAGGGGGUGGCCAUCACGUCCGAAAGAAUUAAAGGGAAGAUACAUGAGACCAAUCUGACGUACGAAGACUUCCCCACAUCCAAGUACAUGGGACCUCUGCAGUACACCAUAUGGAAGUCGCUCUUCCAGGACGUCUCUCCAGUGCCUGCUGCGCUGACCCUUGACCCCAUCACGGCCCACCAAAGACUCAUCCUGUCGGACGACUGCACCAUUGUGGCUUACGGCAACCUCCACCCGCAGCCGCUGCAGGACUCGCCGCGCCGCUUUGAUGUGGAGGUGUCCGUCUUGGGCGCCGAGGGCUUUGCAUCGGGCGUGCACUACUGGGAGGUGAUGGUGUCGGAGAAGACCCAGUGGAUGAUCGGCGUGGCCAGCGAGACGGUCAGCCGCAAGGGGAGCAUCCAGAUCCAGCCCGGCCGAGGCUUCUACUGCAUCGUCAUGCACGACGGGAACCAGUACAGCGCUUGCACCGAGCCGUGGACCCGCCUCAAUGUCAAGAGCAAGCUGGAGAAGGUAGGCGUCUACCUGGACUACCCUAAAGGUCUGCUCAUCUUCUACAAUGCAGAUGACAUGUCCUGGCUUUACACCUACCGGGAGAAAUUCCCUACCAAGGUCUUCCCUUACUUUAGUCCGGGUCAGAGCCACGCCAACGGCAAGAACGUGCAGCCGCUGCGAAUCAACACCGUGCGCCUUUAAGAGCUGGACCAGUAAUUGAUGUCCAGGAAAUCCAUUUAACAUGUUAACGUUUUUUGUGACUUGUGAAGUUUGUCGUCUUUUAUUGAGUGGAUGGCACUAAAUGGAGACGCUCCUAGGGAGGGAAAUUGUGGCAUCUGGCUUCUUGUCCAACUUGAAGCAACCAAGCAGUGUAACAAUGAAGGCUACACGGAACGUGAUGAUGGCAACAUGUUCUGCACUCUCGUGUUCUCCGGAGAGGCAGGGAAGACCCUGGACUGGCCAACCUAAACAUGCAUUUGGGAUGUGGAAGGAAGCCGGUGUACCUGGAGAAAACCCACACAAGCAUUGGGAGAACAUCCAAACUGAGAUUCCUACCCGCAUCUCCUCAGUGUGGGGCUGACGUGCUUGCUACUUGAAUGAGUGAAAAUGUCGAGGAUCGUCCUAAUUUACCAACACGGUCCUUGGUACCCUUUUGGAGGUGGGCACCCUCAGUCGCCCACAAGCAAUGCUGCUAUUGAUGGAGAAAGGACCUGGUUCUAUACUGUACCUGUACACUCGUCACGUGACAAGUGACAUAUUUGUGGCGCCCCCUAUGGGUUGUGGUCAAAUUGCUACGGAAGACAUGCUAGCAUACAUACAAGUAUAAUACUGAUACCAAUUGAGCCCCGCUAUUCGCAGGGGUUGCAUCCUCAGAUGAUAUGCGAAAAUGACAUUUUGACGCUCUUAACACAAACUAACCAAAUGCCUGCCUCACUCACGGUGCAACCAAAAAUAAAACCAAUACAAUGUAACUAACACACGGACUGUGCUGGUAUCAAAAUAGACGCACACUAAUAUACAUGAAAUACACCGCUAUUUGAAAGUAUGUUGGAUAACUUCAUUUUGGGGAAGGGUGCGUGUUUUGAUACCCGCAUUGUGUUCCACGUGUUAUUUUUGGUUGCACCGUGAGUGAGGUCGGCAUUUGGGUUGAUGAGCUCCUUCUGGUUUGUGAUGUACAGUAUGACUAAGGGUGUAAAUAACAAGCUGCAUAUAAACAACACCUCCCCAAGCAAGUUGGAGUUUGCCUCGGACUACUUUCUUUGCAAGUCAUGGCGGGUUUUCCUUGAAAAAAACAAUGUUGUUAUAAAAAAUUGUCUAAAUUGCAGGGUUGCGGAUGCAGAGUCACAAAUAUGCGAGGUUUCACUAUAUAAUCAUAAGACAAAUGUUCAAUGACUUAUGUAUAUUAGUUGCUCAUUCCCGGCCCGUGCCCCUGCAAAGACGUUUUGCUUGAUGGCAGCCAUGUUUUUCAACCAAUCGCGCUCAAGUUAUACCCUUAUGUGCUUGUCAGUCCUCUAAACGUGUGUACCAAAUUUUGUGUUGAUUCAGCUAAAGACUCUAAAGUAACAGUGGGUGUUUAGUAGACGGCAUUGAGCUGUGUGAGAAAUCUCCAGUCCAUCUGACUUCAGCGGUAUAAUAAUAAUGCCACCAUGUGGUGUAUUUGUCAGAAAAAUAGUAGCACAGGCAACACAGUAGGGGUGCAUGAUUUGACACAUGUUCAACUUUUUGUGUGCAGCGGCUCAAGAGUAGAAGAGUUGGUUUACACAAACACGUUUUUAAAUGUACAAAUCUACCCUCCCCGCCUGGUCUCUGACGCUACUAAAUGAUAUUGAGUCCAGGGUAGCUGCGAAGACGCUAAUCCGCGUGACAACAUUGUCGACGAUGGUGAGAUUCGCAUGUAUUUGUCCUCUCCACGUGCCUCCAAGCGCCGGGCUUUAUCAGCACAUGUCCUGCAGAAUCUCCACUAAGAGCCUCUUGUCCUGCAGCCAAAUGCAACAUACUGGUAGAUUUGUGUGUUUGUGUGGGGGGGGGGGGGGGGGGGGGUUUAGCCACGUGGCACGGAGGUGUAUUUGCCUGAACUAUCAUUUCCAAUCCAGCAACAAGCCCAUCUGGACCUCCGAGCACACCCUUGCGCCAUGCCAAAAAGCCUAAAUGAUGACACACCUCAUUUGUCCUUUUGCCAUGUUUGCACCUUCUCCCCGUCAGCUCCAGCAGGAUGGGAUUCGACGAGGGUCCAAGUAAGGACAUUCCAAAUCUUUCUUUUUGUCGUUUUCUUUGAAGUUGCAGGGUUUUUGAUGUACAGUACAAUCUGCUUUAAAACCAACAGCCAGGACCCCCCCAGGGUCGCAUCCUUGGACAGUUUUGUGUGUCAAUAUUUAAAAUGAGAUUAAUGUGAGGUUGCCGUCCAGGCAUUGGGGAUAGAAACAACAUGUUUAUGAUGAUAAUGACUAUGACACAUUUAAUGAUUAUAUUAUUGAUGAUUGUGUCUUUUUUUUUAUGGAUGGCGGCUGUGUACCCAUCCACGUGUAAAACACUCCUGCAGUGUGCUGCUGGAGCCUCGUGGGGACUGUAAUGUACAAUAAAUGACAGCUGAAAUCAUCCACUGUCUUUUUGCGUCCGUUAUUUGCCUGGUUUGAACACAGUUUCACAUAAAAUGAUAUUUGCAUCACCCGGCGGAGUUUUGAGGGUUGCAACAUGGAUUAGUUUUACUAAAUGACACGAAUGUCAAGGAAAAAAAGCAGGGGUUUAAGAGGGAUUACACAGUUUUAGGAUGCCGCGGCUCUGGUGGAUGUGUUCAAAUUGUCAUGGAAAUCCAUCCCAUAGUUGCUACUGUGUUUUAUUAAAUCACUUCAUGAAAAGUAUGUGUGUGUGUGUACUUAUAUUGUACAUUAUUGUGUGUGUGUGUGUAUACUUGCAGAAGUGAUGAUGCAUUAUUGUAAGAAUUGAGGAUACAUUGUGAAGAGGAAUUAAGAAUGAAAAAGGAAAUUCAGUUGUUUCCUGAUGCUCAUUCCUCACCAAACUCUUAUUGGAAACUAUUUGCUUACCGGAGCGCCCUCUGCUGUUGGCAUUUAUGCUUUUCAUCUUUGCAUGCCAUAUACUGUGUGUGUUUUUUAUAUUUAUAUUGAUAUAAGUUUAAUUCAAAAUGAAAAAGAAAGACCUGGGUUCACAUCUCCACUUGGGCAUUUCUGUGUGGAGUUUGCAUGUUCUCCCCGUGUGUGCGUGAGUUUUCUCCGGGUACUCCGGUUUCCUCCCACAUUCCAAAAACAUGCAUGUUAGGUUAAUCGGCUACUCUAAAUUGUAAAUAGGUGUGAAUGAUUGAUUGUCUAUAUGUGCCCUGCGAUUGGCUGGUGACCAGUCCAGGGUGUACCCCGCCUGUCAGCUGGGAUAGGCUCCAGCAUACCCCUGCAACCCUAAUGAGGAUAAGCAGGAUAGAAAAUGAAUGGAUGGAUGAAAAAGAAAGAAUGUGUGCAAACCAAAUUACAAUAUAGAAAAAAAUUGCAUUUUCUUUGAAGUGGCAAAACAAAACUUUAUUUCAGAAUUUUUAAUACAAUAUACAAUUUUCAAAAUGUCUUAAUCCUUUAAAGUUUUAGACUUUAUGCUGUAUUUUUUAAGUAUUUUAUCUUGGGGCUUUUUUGCACACCUGUCAGCCCCGCCCACUUGUUUAAAAUGCAUCCAAAAAACUUUUUCCAAUACAAAAUUGACAUACAUAUACAAACCAUUGGCCCCGCCCUCUUGUAUAAUCCACCCCAUCCCCUUGUUUGGACACCUGGCCCCGCCCACCUGUUUAGGCCAACCAAUGAGUAUCUCCACUGUUAAUAGAAAAAACCCCCACUUAUUUUAUAUAUGAACUUCAUGCUACAGUUGUGUGUUCUGUUUGCUUUUUACUCCCAAUUUUGUCUUUUACUUCAUUCCUCACUUGUUGAGCUCACCUGUGUCAAACCACCUUGGCCCCGCCCUCUUAUGUAAUCCAACCAAUCAGUAUCUGCAGCGUUAAUAUCGUAGAAAAAACAAAAAUCCCCUUGCUCCUCUUUAUUGUAUAAACAUGGACAUUUGUGUAUGUUACGUUACUUUCACCUCGCACCUACUUUUAUUAAUGUAUACAUUUCAUGUUGGAUGGCUUUUUUUGGGGGGGGGGGUGUUUUAAUUUUACUCCUAAUUUUGGCUGUAACGUCCUCCCUCCACUUGUGUGUGCCCACCUGUGUCAAAUUAGGUGUUUUUUUUGUGUGUUUUUUUUGUCCAAUCAGUCAAUACACUAAGUCCCCAACCAACAAACACAAUUGGUACCAGAUGACCGUAAGUCCAACAAAAGGUAAUAUUACCAAUGAUAUAAGUACUACAUGUACGUGUAUACAUAUACAGUAUAUGUGUAUGUAUGUAAAUAUGAGUUUGGAUGCAGUAGUAAUAUUAAACGAGGAUAAUUAAUGAAAAAAACAACAAUAAAAAUGAUAUAAUAAUACGUAAUGAUAAAUGUUAUUUACCUUUGAAGAGGAGUGGUCGAGCAUACGUUGUUGUGGAGGAGUUGGAGGAGGAGUUAUUGAAAAAAAGGACAGUCGUUAGAGUCUUCUAAAAGAGGUAGUGUUCUGUGGGUGGUGUAGAAUAAAGCAGACCUAUUAACUCUUCAUAAACUUUAAUCACACGCUCUGUCCGGGUUGUAUGCUACAGCUACAAUGUAGCUUUUCUUCACUUCUCCUCCCCCUGGUCUUCCUCUACCUGUUGCUCCCAUUAGCAGUGUCACAGUGCCCUCUACUGGUCAAGCAUGUAGCAGUAUAAAUAUGGAUACAAGGCAAAAUACAUGAAAAUAUAGACCAGUCAGCUUGCGUUCGUAUCUCCGAAUGUUCGCAAGUCGGAUGUCCGUAAGUUGGGGACCUAGUGUAUCUUGUUUUGUAUUAUUUAGUCAUUUAUGUACUUUUGUUUCUAGAACAAUACUUUCUUACGGUAUUGUUAUGUAAUUAAGGUGUAUCAACAGUGAAAGAGCAGCAUCACAAUAUUAGCCUGUGUGGAGCAGUGAGAAAUAAUGAGCUUGAGAGCGUCUUUAGCCAACAUGCUUCAGCCUGCCUCCUCAGCAGCUUUCACACACGCGAAUAGCAGUCAUUUGCACAAUGCAAACCAGUGUUGACAGGCAGACCGGCUGUCUGCACACACGUCAUAUUAAUCCCAUAAUAAUAAUAAUCCCCUCCCUCCUCCUCCUCCCUCCAGUCACUAUCUAGCUCCGCUUCAUACUUCAUGCGUCAUGUGGCUUUUGGAAGCCAGCGGCGUUGAGAAAAGCAGAAAGCGUAUGCACAUGUCCAGCAGGGCCUCCACGCUUCUGAGCAGGAGGAUGUUGACACCGAGGUAGAGAGGCAGCACAAAGAUGGCGAGCACAGCCAACGAGGCUAUCGUUAAGUUC